GGACUCAGUUGAAUCUGAAAACGCCAUCGUUAUCUGUUUGAUCUUAUCAUCAGUCACUCUUCUCUCUCUUCCACAAGUGGAAGAUUGACCAUGUCUGCAGUUCCCCUUCUCCUGCGCCUAACUAAUCGACCCAACGCCCUUUAAAAGCUCACCGGGCCACCCAUGGCCUAACAAAUCAGCAAUUCGCUGCUUGAAGUUGAACCUUCACCAUGGACCCGUCAUCGAAAACGGAGACCGGCACGAAUAAUGCAGCAGGAGGCGGCCAAGUGAACAUAGUGAUAGAUGCAGUGGAUCAUCGGUCAUCGGCGAGGCAAGGACAACAGCUGAGGGACGUGCAGGUGGUUCACCAGCCGCACAACACCCCCUCUACUGCUAAGACCAGCGGUGGGGUCUUGGCGGCUGCCGCUGCGUCAGCCGCGUCCUCCCUCCGGUCCGCCAAGGACGCCAUAUCAGGGAAAUGAUUGUAGUUCUGCAUUCUGAUUCCUGUCUUCUCUUCCCUUUUACCUUCUUCCGAUUUGAUUGUAUUCUUCAAGUAUUGUAAUUUACUUAAUUUGUUAGAUACGGUUUAAUACAUGUAAUGAUGAGCAAUGAGACGUUGGCCCCUCCACAGACGAUGUAUAUGCUUCUGGCACCGAAUUGGCUUAUAAAACAUCCAAUGGUCAAAUAGAA